CUCAAUCACGUAUGAUUGCGUAGGGAGAAGACAGAGCGCAGCAAGCCAUUCACCGGCUGCUCGAGUGGGGAAGAACCAACACAUUACGGCUACGCCAGAUAUCUCAUUUUGCAUUCGUUUUUGUAACAAUGACGGCUUGAUUGGUCUUUGCUUCAAGAAGAGGAAUGCUGGCAGAUGUUUGGGGUCUGGGCGUAAAAAUCCAAUGUCUUUUCACCGGAUAGCGACAACAUAAUGUCGCUGCACACUCGCAAAACACAUCCUUUUUCUUAAAGUGUUUAGGAGGAGGUACAGGUUGGUGGCUCGCGCGCUGUCGUCUCGAAGAUCACAAUGCUGCGCGAGGCUGCCGCCUCCUCGGUCCGUUCUGGGUCCUGCGUCGUGCCUUUUGGCUGAAUGAACUGGAAAGUUGUACAACAGUGGAUGCGUUGAUGCGAAUAAUUAUUUUGCUGGUAAAUCACCAACACUGUUUAAGUUUCGGGUAGCUUCCGAAUGUGGGUCCCGUAGGCGCGCUGUCGUGUUUUAGACACUGCUCUCACCUGGAUUCCCAGCUGCUCACUUUUCGUAAAAUUACAGGACAGGGUACGCGCAUUCCUUGAAAUUUAAACCGACGUCAAAGAUAUUCACAGCAAAAAUGUAGAUCGGCUUCUUUACUUGGGUUGUUAUCUGAAUUAUUAAUAGGUGCUCCGUAGAACAUCAAAGUGGCUCCAGUGAUAUAUCCCUCGCCUUAAUCGCAAAACCACCUGGAUAUCGCUCGCUCGUGGAGGAUGCCGUUCAGAUCAUCAAGAUUCUCGGGACUCGGUGGAUUCCCUACAGGGUCGGAAUAGCAGCUUAAUCCCACGCAGUGCUACAUGUUACGGGACACACGUUUGUAUUUACAAUUUACUGCGCCAAGUAGCUGCACCGCUCAACCUCUGCCCAGCACCUCGGCUCGCCCGUGGGGAGAUGGCCGCGAUCGCCAGCUCCCUGAUCCGACAGAAGCGCCAGGCACGGGAAUCCAACAGCGACCGUGUUUCCACCUCCAAACGCCGCCCGAGUCCCAGUAAAGACCCCCGCUCUCUUUGCGAGAGGCAUUUUUUGGGGGUUUUCAGCAAAGUCCGCUUCUGCAGCGGGAAGAAACGAGCUGUCCGUCGGAGACCAGAUGCCUCCUCCAACCCUCCACAGGUGCGCCGUAAGGGCGUCAGGCUAGAGCCGCAGCUGAAAGGCAUCGUGACCCGACUCUUCAGCCAGCAGGGCUUCUACCUGCAGAUGCAGCCCGACGGCUCCAUCGACGGGAGCAAGGACGAGAACAGCGACUACACGCUGUUUAACCUGAUCCCAGUGGGGCUGCGCGUGGUGGCCAUCCAGGGAGUGAAGGCCGGCCUCUACAUCGCCAUGAACGGAGAGGGCUUCCUGUACAGCUCCGAAAUGUUCACUCCCGAGUGUAAGUUCAAGGAGUCCGUGUUCGAGAACUACUACGUCAUCUACUCGUCCACCGUGUACCGGCAGCAGGAGUCCGGCCGGGCCUGGUUCCUGGGCCUCACCAAGGAAGGGCAGGUGAUGAAGGGGAACAGGGUGAAGAAGACUAAGCCCUCCUCGCAUUUCGUGCCCAGACCCAUAGAAGUUUGCAUGUACAGAGAGCCGUCACUGCAUGAAAUCGAGGAGAAGCAGCGUUCGAGGAAAAGUUCAGGGACUCCCACUAUGAACGGAGGCAAAGUGGUCAAUCAGGAAGCCACAUAGCAGGACCUGGAGUCACCUCCUCCUCCUCCUCUUCCUCCUCCUCCUCCUCCUCUUCCUCCUCUUCCUCUUCCCUGUCCUACGCCUCCUUGCGACCGGAACUCCUGCAUUUCUUACACCACGUGCAAUGGAACAAUGAAACAUGGAACACGGAACACGGAAAAAAACCGGAUCCUUCUUGCCUGUGAAACAUUUUAGACGAAAAUAGGGAAAAGAAAUAUUUUAAAUCAGGACACUUAAUUUACAUUUUAUGCAAAAGUCUGUGAAACACUGAAAAGUUAAUCUCAUAACUAUAUUUAACAUUAUAUAAGCUUUAAACCAUGUUAGAAUUUUCACUGCUUCUUUUCUGAAUGCAUCAGAUCUUUCACCUGCCUUCAUGUGUUGCUAAAAUUAUCAUGUGUAAUAUUAUUCUUAUUGUUAUUAUGAAUGAUUCCUCUUUCUUUUCCAGAUUAAUUUUGUGUUUUGGACUGCAGUUUGUGCUCACCCUUUGAGGGUUCUCUGUUUGGGAAAAUUGAUGAAGUUGUGCCAGUACUCCGUGUGUGCAUGUGUGUGUGUGUGUGUGUGUGAGAGUGCGUGUGUGUGUUGGGGGUGGGGGGGGGGGGGGUUUAACAGUUAACGCGCAGGUAGUGGGUGUGUGGGUGUCAGAGGUCAGAGGUCAGGUGGAUAGGGGUGGGGUGGGAGUCAGGCCAGGUUACGGUCCGAUGUCAGGUGGGUAGGGGUCAGUUGAAGGUCAGAUAAAGUUGAGGUCAGAAGAAUGGUGGGUAGCGUGCCUCGGGAUCAUGGAGAAUUAGGGUCAGAGGUCAUGUGAAUAGGCACUGGGCAUGGAGGGGAGGUCAGAUGAUCUAGGGACCAGAAGACAGGUAUACGGGUCUCAGACGGAUCCAGGGAAUUAGGGUUCCAGUUCAGGGUGGAUCGCGUCAGAGAGGGGAACGUGUCCGUCAGAAGCGAGCGGGACCUGCUGGAGCAGGGAGUGGGAGGGUCAGACCCAUGUCACAGAGUGGGCGGAGUCAAUGAGGUCACAGUAGUUUUGUCAUAGCGAGGGUUUCUAUUCCUCUGGCCGCUCCUGGUCCAUUCUGCAAUUGCCUAGCCUGUGAGCUGCCUGGAUUUUGAGGGGAGGGAUGGGGGGGGGGGGGGGGGGGGGUCUGGUGACCCCUGCAUUGCCAGGGUCCCGCGGGAGGACGGCCCGGUCUGGUCCCGUGAGCGCUGAGUCAGGGGAGAGGGGGGCAGCACAAUGACCCCCCCCCAAUUUUCUCACCGGCCUGCUGGCCUCUGUAAUCUCAGGGAGAAAAGGUCCCGGCCCAGGAGAGGAGACUGUUAAUAACGCCCCUAAAAACGGCAGACCCGUCCCACUGCACAUUUACGGGACUCUGGGCUCGGGGGUG